AUGCGUGAAAUCGUUCACAUUCAGGCAGGGCAGUGUGGUAAUCAAAUUGGUGCAAAGUUUUGGGAGGUUAUUUCUGAUGAGCAUGGCAUCGAUUCAACAGGCACUUAUAAUGGCGACUCUGAUUUGCAGUUAGAACGGAUUAACGUUUAUUAUAAUGAGGCUAGCGGUGAGAUAAAUUUAACUAAAGAGAUUUACAUACAUUUUAGAAAUGGAGGCAAAUACGUUCCACGGGCAUGUUUGGUUGAUCUAGAGCCCGGAACAAUGGAUUCAGUUAGAGCUGGGCCAUUUGGACAACUUUUUAGGCCUGACAAUUACGUCUUUGGCCAAAGUGGCGCUGGCAACUGUUGGGCUAAGGGUCACUACACAGAAGGUGCCGAAUUAGUGGAUACAGUUCUAGAUGUAGUUCGUCGUGAAGCCGAAUCAUGUGACUGCUUACAGGGUUUUCAAAUGACACAUUCGCUUGGCGGCGGCACAGGAUCUGGAAUGGGAACACUGCUUAUUUCAAAAAUACGUGAGGAAUACCCUGAUCGAAUUAUGAAUACAUUUUCAGUAGUGCCGUCACCAAAAGUGUCAGACACAGUUGUGGAACCGUAUAACGCAACACUUUCUGUACAUCAGCUGGUAGAAAAUACUGAUGAAACGUUCUGCAUAGACAAUGAAGCAUUAUAUGAUAUCUGUUUCAGAACACUUAAGUUAACUACUCCAACUUACGGUGACUUAAAUCAUCUUGUAUCAAUGACAAUGUCUGGUGUAACAACGUGUUUGCGGUUUCCUGGGCAGCUGAAUGCAGAUUUGAGAAAACUUGCCGUUAAUAUGGUACCGUUUCCAAGAUUACAUUUCUUCAUGCCCGGUUACGCCCCACUGACGUCUCGUGGUAGCCAACAGUAUCGAUCAUUAACAGUCCCAGAAUUGACACAACAAAUGUUUGAUUCCAAAAAUAUGAUGGCUGCAUGUGAUCCGCGCCAUGGUCGUUAUCUUACUGUCGCAGCCAUCUUUCGUGGAAGAAUGUCAAUGAAGGAAGUCGAUGAACAAAUGCUAAACGUACAGAAUAAAAAUUCGACAUAUUUUGUCGAAUGGAUACCAAACAAUGUGAAAACAGCAGUAUGUGAUAUUCCACCGCGCGGUGUUAAAAUGGCUGCUACAUUUAUCGGCAACUCUACGGCAAUUCAAGAACUUUUUAAGCGUGUUUCAGAACAAUUCACUGCAAUGUUUCGCCGUAAAGCUUUUCUACAUUGGUAUACUGGUGAAGGUAUGGACGAAAUGGAAUUUACCGAAGCAGAAAGCAAUAUGAAUGACUUGAUUUCAGAAUAUCAACAGUAUCAGGAUGCAACGGUUGAUGAGGAGGAGGAAUAUGAUGAGGAUGAACCCGAAGUUGAAUAA